AUGAUCGCGGCGCAGGCCAAGCUGGUCUACCAUCUGAACAAAUACUACAACGAGAAGUGCCAGGCCCGGAAAGCGGCCAUCGCCAAAACCAUCCGGGAAGUGUGCAAAGUAGUGUCGGACGUCCUGAAGGAGGUGGAGGUCCAGGAGCCCCGCUUCAUCAGCUCUCUCAACGAGAUGGACAACCGCUACGAGGGCCUCGAGGUCAUCUCGCCCACCGAGUUCGAGGUGGUGCUUUACCUCAACCAGAUGGGGGUGUUCAACUUCGUGGACGACGGCUCGCUGCCCGGCUGCGCGGUGCUCAAGCUGAGCGACGGGCGCAAGCGGAGCAUGUCCCUCUGGGUGGAGUUCAUCACCGCCUCCGGCUACCUCUCUGCGCGCAAGAUCCGCUCCCGCUUCCAGACGCUGGUGGCCCAGGCGGUGGACAAAUGCAGCUACCGGGACGUGGUGAAGAUGGUGGCGGACACGAGCGAAGUCAAACUGCGGAUCCGCGAUCGGUACGUGGUGCAGAUCACCCCGGCGUUCAAGUGCACGGGGAUCUGGCCGCGCAGCGCGGCCCACUGGCCGCUGCCCCACAUCCCCUGGCCGGGCCCCAACCGCGUGGCCGAGGUCAAGGCGGAGGGCUUCAACCUCUUGUCCAAGGAGUGCCACUCCCUGGCCGGCAAGCAGAGCUCGGCCGAGAGCGACGCUUGGGUGUUGCAGUUCGCGGAGGCCGAGAACAGACUGCAGAUGGGGGGCUGCCGGAAGAAAUGCCUGUCCAUCCUCAAGACCCUGCGCGAUCGGCACCUGGAGCUGCCGGGCCAGCCCCUCAACAAUUACCACAUGAAGACGCUGGUCUCCUACGAGUGCGAGAAGCACCCGCGCGAGUCGGACUGGGACGAGUCGUGCCUGGGGGACAGGCUGAACGGUAUCCUGCUGCAACUCAUCUCCUGCCUGCAGUGUCGCCGCUGUCCCCACUACUUCCUCCCCAACCUAGACCUGUUUCAGGGCAAACCGCACUCGGCGCUGGAGAACGCCGCCAAGCAGACGUGGCGCCUGGCGCGGGAGAUCCUCACCAACCCGAAAAGUUUGGAAAAACUUUAG